AUGUGCCAGGGCGCACAGCAUGUUGUUGCGAAUUUACUGCUUUGCGUGCUCGGCCUACAGCAAACGUCCGACAAUUACUCUGAGUGUCGCUCUGACUGGGUAGGUUACCUCAUCGGUAGCAAGAAAGUGAUAGAUGCACUCAAGGAAGAAGAACGUGAAUUCGGGGGUGAAGCCUCAAUCAUCCUGGGAUGGGUCUACUAUUUCGACGUAAUGGCACGCUUCAGCUUCCGUCAUUGGCGACCCGAACAUAUCAAGGCACACGCCAACGAGCUUGGCUUCGACCCAAGAGGCUCGCAGGUAUGCGCAAUGCAAUACGUCUUGGCUCGAGCCUCGUUCUUACGCGGGAUACUGGGCAUCUCUGCUCAUGCUCACCCAGUUGUCCGACUGCUUGCCGAGGUGUCAGAGAUUGGCAUAUACUCAUCCGAUCCGGGUUAUCUCUCGACCAAGUAUCAACGACAUCUUGACAACCUGCGCUUGACACUUGAGAAUGUCUCUUCGUAUCCCAUUGGCUUGGAUGCGUUAUCAAAACAGGAAGUCGAUCACGAGCAACACCUUCUCGAAGUCACUCGCUUGGCCGGCCUUAUCUACCUCGAACGCGUCUCACGUAACUUCUCCGGUCAAUCGACUAAGCUCGAAUCAUGGACAAGGCAGGCGCUCUCCAUUUUCGCACAGCUGGAGUCAUGCCGGUGCUCUUUCGCACUGUUCAUUGUCAGCUGCGAGCUCAUGAAAGACGAAGACCGAAUGAUCGUCCUCAACGUCUUCACAAAGAUGGAGAAAGGCCCUCAUCUGAACAGUAUUCUGGAGACUAGAUCACUGGUGCAGACGGCUUGGAACCAGCAAGAUCUCGCGGAAGAUGGCGGGCUUGAGUAUAUUCACAAACUCAAUGUGGUGAUGAGCUCAAGGGAUGUUAUACCCAGUCUUAUUUGA